UAGAGAUAUAGUACAGUAGUUGUCAACAACCAAAGAGAGGACUAAGAAGCAUAUCAUAGAUAAUGACUAUUGAUUCUAGUGUUGUUUUUGGUGUUAGAAACCCGUUGAACGGUGGAGUUCCCACUCCAACAACUGCCACAACGACGUCUUCAGUGGUACAACAAUUUGCAUCAGCACUUCAAGAAUAUCAAUUGGCGUCCAGUUCAGGAGAUCCAUUCGAAAUUAUUAACAAUUUCAAAGCUAUAUCUGCUGGUGAAGCUCUCAAAUAUGGCGAGGCAAGCAUCUCGAAUCCUUCCGAUGAAUAUAUCAAGGAAACAUUUGAAACUUACGAUUUAGAAACCAAGAUGUGGCAUUUGGUAUACAUUUUAUAUUCCUAUAGAAUGGGGAAAGAUAAUGAAAAAUUACUUCCAAAUUAUAAAUUCUCUUCUGAAGAUGUCAAGAGACACAAUUUCUUAUAUGAAAACCGUAAAAUUAGAGAAGUAUCACUUAUAAUUAAUUGGUUACAAGAAAAUACAAAAUCAGUGGAUACCAAACAAUUAGCUACGGGAUCUAAAUGGCAGGCCACUAAGCUGGAACUUGCAAACCAAAGUCUCAAUGUUUUGGCAUCCAAUGGAAGUAGAUCAUCGACCCUCAAGGAACUCGAUUCAGAUGGUCCAUUGAGAAAUAAUCAACAAUCUUUACAUCCGGACGAUGAGUCUGCAGACUCUCAAAACUUCCAACUCAUAUACAGAUUGGUUCUCUCUAACCAGAUAGAUGAUGCUGUGGAAGUAGCCAACAAUACUGGUAACUUUACUCUUUCACUUAUUCUCCUUGGAGCAGUACAUAAUUAUGUUGAUCCUGUCGUAGAUCAACAAGCAUUUGCUCAAGGCGAAGAAGAAGGAAUGAUUUUGGAACAAGAUGAAGAAUUAUUGAAUAAUGAUGCUCCCUCAGGUCAAAAGCACAAGUAUUUGUGGAGACAAACAGUGUACAAGUUGUCACAACAAACUAACAUCAAUACAUAUGAACGUUUGAUUUAUAGCUAUCUUUGUGGAGGGGACGUUGAUGCCAAUAUUAAAGAAGCCAAGGGUAAUUGGGAAGAAAUCUUGUUGGUAUACUUAAAUCAAUUAUAUGUGCACAAGAUGGGAGAAUUCAUAAUAUCGAAUUUAGAAAAAGAAGGCAUCUCGAAUAAGGAAGCUCUUGCAGUAUCCAUCCCAUCACCUCAAAACGAUGGAGUUGAUGACAUUUUGAAUGUUAUUCAAAGAAAUUCUAACAGCAUAGCAUCAGAAGAGAGUAGACAUCCAUUCAGGUUGAUUUGUGGAGGAAUCAUGAUAGAACAAGUUUCCACCUUAUUACAUAAUAUCAUCAAGCAGUUGAGCGUAGAACAACAGAACUCUUAUAUUAUCCGAGUGGUGACACAUUUGUCCAUUUUCCUGCUCAUUAUUGGAGGAGAAGAUGUCAUUAAAUCCAAGGACAUCACCAAGGUUAUUUCCUUGUAUAUUGCCUACUUAUCUACAAUUAAGAAGGAGGAACUUAUACCAAGUUAUCUUGCAUAUAUCCCCAAUGAAAGUGAUGCUAGAGAAUGUUAUUCACUUUUCUUGUCAUCUCUUACCGAUCCAAAGGAAAGAGCCAAACAAAUUGAAAUUUCUCGUCAAUUCUUUGAACCGCUUGGAAAUGAAGUUGGUGACGUUGAAAUGGAUAUUGGGGUAGAUGAUUCUACUUCAUCAACAUCUGGUGAUUAUGAGGGUAAGAUGGUGAAUGUUUUGAGAAGAACUGUAGAACGGGUAAUGGUUGAAACAGCUUCUCAUUAUGCACCAAAUACUUCUGGAAUAUCUACUGAUGAAGAAGUGGAUGAAAUCGACUUCAAAUUGUAUAGAGCAGUAGAAUGGUUUUAUGAGAACAAAAUGUAUGAAGAUGCAAUCUCUGCUACCAUUACCAUUAUUCGUCGUUUCUUACUUUGCGGGAAAUUAAAUGCUUUGAAGCAAUUUGGUAAGGAAAAGAAUUUCAAACAAUUAAUUAAAGAUUAUGACUUUGACGUCAAUACCAAGAUGUUUAGCAGUAGUUCUGCUUCAACUAGUGUUACUGAAGAGGAUAAAGAAGAACUUAUACAAUAUGAAGUGUUUAUUCAAGGAUUGGCACUCAUCGACGAUUGGAAGAAGUUUUUAGAAGAAAGUCAAAUAAAUGGUGCACAAACAUCGAAAAACUUGUCAUUUUGGAAAGUGCCUCAUGUUGGUAAUUCCAUUGAAAAAAUUUCAUCAACUUUAGGAAAACUUACUUUCAAUUGGUUCAGUAGAUUAAUCUCACAAGAUUAUUCUGAAAAUGUAGCCUUAUUCAAGGAAUUCAGAUCAAUUUAUAUUCCGUAUCUUGUUAUGGAAUUACUUCAAAUUUAUCAAUAUUCAAGAUUGAAUGAUUGGAAAUACAUGCGUUCUGCAUUCAAGUUGAUCAACGAUAUUGCUGAUGAUGAAUCUAAUGAUUUAUUAACAUGUUUCGUUAACAGUGGUAGAUUAAACGAAGUUCUUCAAAAGAGUGGAGAAAUUGCUGCAGUUGCCUCGGAAAUAGGAAUUGGGGGUAUCUUUUUUUGAAAGAUGACAUAUUAAUAGAUAGUUCUACAUAUAUAAUAAUUAAAUCAUAUUUACAUCGUGCUUUCGCCCUUUUUCAUUCUAUUUCAACUUUUUGUUUAUUAAUAUUU